UUGGAUAUUUCAUUAUUUUGACGUUUUAUUUCUUCAUUUUUUUUAAACCUAAAAUAUUGGAGAAAAAAGAGAGGAGGGCAAAGACGGAAAUGGCCGACGGAGCUGAGAAAGUCACAGAAGAGAGCAGCUACAACACAGCUCCACUCUCUCUCAAAACUUCUAAAGCUGACGUCAUCACUGCCGCCGGUGAUGACAAUCUCAAGGAAAUUUUUCACCAAAUCAGAACUUCCAAAAAUCCUACAGUUAUCAACUACGGUGCAUCUUGGUGUCGUGUGUGCAGUCAGAUUCUUCCCUCUUUCAGUCGAUUAAGCAGCAAGUUUCCGAAGCUUUCUUUUGUGUAUGCUGAUAUUGAUGAAUGUCCGGAAACGACUCAACACAUUCGAUAUACGCCCACUUUUCACUUCUACAGAGAUGGUGAAAGGGUUGACGAGAUGUUUGGUGCCGGAGAAGACCGUCUGCACGACCGCCUCUGGCUUCACUCUUGAAAGUCGAAUCAUUUACGUACACUUCAAUUUUCUAGAGCUUACCUUGGUGACAAUUUAUUUCAAAUUUAUGUCAAUUGUGAGUGCAUAUCUGAAUUCUCAGGUGGAUUCAGUCUCUCUGUUCUCAAAUUUCAUGCUAAUAAUGUAAGCUGUUGAUCAUAAAGCAAAA